AAGGGCUUCAUCAGAGAGCAGUCAAAGCCGUUGCUCAGUUGGAGAAGAACAGCCGAGGAAGAACGUGGUGCGCGUGUGUCCUACGGUUGUAAUCUGCAAUCGGUAAUCUGCAUUACACUAUCAUACCAGUGAAGAGCACAUAAUAAUUCAAGAAACGGGACGUCGAUCCCGCAGGAUCAAAUCGACCUGCAACCUGAUGUCCAGGAUUCAAAUAUUUUAGACCGCAGGUGUGCCCAGUGGAUUAAUUUAUUUUACCUGAUUUGGUCGAUAUCAAUACAGUUUCAUAGAAUUCGAGAUAAUCAAACAUGGCGCCACGAAGAUUCAAGAGUUGCUUGUCGGAAAAUCUCCUUACGAUCUUAACAAUCCUUGGAGUAGUUGGAGGAACGGUUCUCGGCUUCAUUCUCAGAAAUGUUAGAGAAGAUGGUUGGUCAGCCCGAGAGAUUAUGUACAUUCAAUUCACGGGGGAUUUAUAUCUGAGAAUGCUAAAAGCUCUGAUUCUACCCCUGAUCGUCUCCAGUAUAGUGAGCGCGAUUGGAAGUUUGGAUUUGUCUUUGUCAGGUAAGAUCGGUGCCAGAUCGAUCUAUUAUUACUCGACAACGACAGUCUGUGCCGUGAUUUUGGGAAUCGUUCUGGUCCUCGUGAUACGUCCAGGAGAAAUUGGAACACCCUCCGAGAUUACUGAAGGAAAUAAUACCGCGACGAGAUACGUUUUAACCGAGGACACUAUGCUCGACCUAAUUAGGAAUCUCUUCCCACCGAAUCUUAUCCAGGCUUGUACGGGGCAAUAUCGAACCGUUCUCAUACCACCAGAGGGUUUUGUUCCAGAUCCUAACGCCACUAUGCCAGAUGACAUAGGCUCAUGGGAAAUAUCGAGCAAAUACGGUGACGGUACGAACACCCUCGGUCUCGUUAUAUUCGGAAUCGUUAUGGGAAUAACUCUUGCGAAAAUGGGAGAUCUCGGUAAACCGCUCUUAGAUUUCUUCAAUGCUCUUUCCGAAGCUAUGAUGAUAAUCACCAACUGGGUUGUCUGGCUUUCGCCAAUUGGUGUGAUGUUCCUCGUCGCCUCAAAGCUCCUCGAGAUCAAGGAUCUAUCAGCCAUUUUGGGUCAAAUGGGGGUGUACUUUAUGGUGGUACUCCUAGGUCUGUUUCUUCACGGAUUCGGUACCCUCUCCAUCAUUUACUACGUCUGUACCAGGGAAUUACCUUUCAAGGCCAUCGCGCAAAUGGGCCAAGUCUUGGUCACCGCAUUCGGAACCGCAUCAAGUUCUGCGACCUUGCCCAUCACCCUGCAGUGCCUAGAUAGAAUGGGAUUAGACCCUAGAAUCACCAGGUUCGUCGUACCCAUAGGGGCUACCAUCAACAUGGACGGAACAGCUCUUUACGAGGCUGUCGCCGCUAUUUUCAUUUCUCAAGUACGCGGGCUAAAACUCAGCAUCGUCAAUGUCAUUGCGAUAAGCGUGACCGCGACAGCAGCUAGUAUCGGAGCUGCAGGUAUUCCGCAAGCUGGUCUUGUUACGAUGGUGAUGGUUUUAGACACGGUCGGUUUGCCCUCCAAGGACGUAAUUCUGAUUAUUGCCGUCGAUUGGCUACUGGAUCGCUUCCGGACGACGAUAAACGUGAUGUGCGACGCUCUCGGAGCUUGUAUAAUAGAGAAAAUGAGUAAAGGAGAAUUGGCGGCCGCGGACCAACUGGAAGAAAAUGUCGAGCUCACUCACUUGAGGAAAGCUGAGGCGUGAAAAAGUGAUCAGUUUCCUCGCUAAUUCGAUACGUAUACGUAUACGUAAAUAUGAGUGCGACGCUUUGUGUCAUUGAGGAAAAAUUAAACUCCCCUGACGCUCCACAUCUUCAACAUGUCACGAUUGCUGCUGUUAUCUGCUGCUGCGAUAAUGAUAAUAUUUCCCCUUCUUUCAAGAAAAAUCUCCGCAGUCAAAGUACAGUAGAUGAGAUUUCCUAAUCAUUUUUUCACGUGAGGCACGGUGUGCGAAUGGUGCUGAUAUUUUUUUAUCUUCUCUUCAUUAAAAAUCUUUGCAGCUUUAUUCAAUUCUAUCGCAGCCAGAAAAGAACAAAUUGCCUCAAUUAGCGGAUAAUUUAUAUUUAUUUAUAUAUAUUAUUAAUUUUUUUCUUGCCUAGUCUUGUUCUCCAUGUUCAAUAUAUUCUUCAGUUAUUUUAAGCGUUUUAGAAUACUGACAAUUAACAAAUCGUACGGAGAUGAAGAUUCAGGUAGAAAAAAAGGAACAAAAGCGGACCCGCUACGUAUACUUGAAACUUAAAAAGUCAAUAAAUAAGUGCCAUUUUCAUACAGUAGAGAGUUUAAACCUUAGCGAAAUAGGAUUAUAAAAUAAUAAUAAGGACAAAUCAAAAACAAAAGGGAGAGAAAAAUUUUAUCUGCGUUAUAUAAAUCUGAGGUCAAGUCAUUAAAAAUAUAUAUUCCACUGAUACAUGAAAUCUAAGAUACUUAAAUUAUAAUUAUAUAGAUCAUACUUAUUGGUAUGUAAUACGACUCAGAACAUUACACCUACUAUAUACGAGGAUAAGAUCAGAGUCUGGAGAUACGAUAAUGAUCGUUAAAUAACGUUGAAAAUCAUAGCUGAAUGCAAGGUGCUUUGAAAUCAAGAGACCCGGUAGAGUCUCGUCACUGUUACGGGAGCUCGAACGCGGAGUUGGGACUUUUAUUUUCUCAAAUAUCUUCUAAAUUAUUAUAUACCUAUACCUGUAUUGUAGUAUAAUAUCACGUUGACACGCACUGAUGACCAGACAUUAUACCGAUGAAUGCUGAGCGUUCGUUUUGUCGUGAGUACAGAAAAAUUUUCCUUAUUAUAAACGGAUAAUUGAUAUCGUUGCUGUUAUUAUCAUUUUUAUUGUUAAUACUAUCAUUUUCUUCAUUAUACUCGUUACAACACGAUUGUACUUACACGAUGUAAGUACAGUACCUUGCUUAUGUUUGUUAUAAUAUGCUUUUAUGGUAAUUAUAUUAUACAUUCACAUACCUAUCUACAUAUAUAUAUUAUACAUGUAUUAUCACGCAAUAUCUGAAUUUCCUAUAAAAGUUAUAUGUUUCAUUUUGAAAAAAUUACAUCCGAUCACCUUCGAUCGCUGAUAUCGACAUUUUAAUAUUAUUUGCACAAAUGAUAAGGCCGCAACAGUUAUAUAAAAUAUAUAUUAUUAUUACUUAA